ACCGUUAAAUCAAUUACUUCCGGGUCACUGUUUUGACAGUUGCCAAGGCCGCUAUAAAAAUUUGGCAAGAGUAUUGGCUUUUAACUCUACAAUUCAAAUAAUCUCAAGCAAUGUCAUUCACCAGAUUUUGUUCCAAUAUAUUAUAUUUGCAUAUUAGCAAUACAAGACGCUCUUAACGAGCGAUUUAUGCUCUAAGAAAGAAAGGAAAACUCUCUACAAACUUGACAUCGGCAUUUGGAAUUACACAGUAUUCUAACUUGCCUUUUUAUUGGACAUAUAUUUCAGCCGCUACGUUGUAUUCUUAAAUCGGUUAUCAGAUUAAUAUGUCAUCCGUUAUCCAUAAAGUGAGUAAGCGUUUUGAUUCUAUGGGAAUAGAAACAGUAUGGGAAUAAAAAUAGUACGGUAACUGUAUUUAACCUGUUGAAAUUGAAUGGAUAUAACUUCAUUGUUAACAAUUAAUACAGUACUGUAGCUUUAUAUUAUGAUGAUUAAUAUGUUUGAAAAACGAACUGACUUUAAAUGUCACAGUUCAUAUGUUAAACAACCAGAAUACUUCUGUGGGAAAAUAUUCAAACAAAAAGCAAAAUCUUGAGUAAAAUUUAACAUUAUUUAAGUCUCAUGUUUUCAAUGUUUAUGCCAAAUAUGCCAGACAAGAAAGUAAAUCAAAACAGACCACCAGUUUAUAUCCAGACUAUGGCAGGAGGUUCAGCCAAAACUGCUAAUGGUAAAAAGAGGAAAAAAGGAAAGAAACUGAAAUUCAGAAAGCAGUUUGUAUCAAUGGCCUCCAUUGUGAAGAUAGACAAUGAAGAGGAAAUGAGAUUUAAGAACAAAAAUGGUUAUUCAACAGACAGGUCAGAUGAUAAUUGUACCAUGCAGUACAUUUACAGACCAAUAAGACAAUCUCAAAGUGAACAUGCAUUGAUGUCAUUAACAAAACUGCCACAAUUGCCAAAACCUCCCACACCUACACAGUCACUGUCAGGUCUGUCCUGUCAAUCAACUACACCACGAUCAGCCGCAGGAUGUCGUCUUCCAAUUACCUUGCCAUCAAACUUGCAACCAGGUGCUCAUGAAAGGCGGAAAAAGCUGCCAAUUUUAGCUGCAAUAAAACCAGAGAACGAAAAAGCAGAAAGGGACAGAUUUAUGAGGGCAAAUUAUAAUUACAAUCCAUUGUUUGUGUAUAGAUUUCCAGCUGAUUCUGAGGUGCUAGAGAGAUUGGGAAAACCUUCUGAUAAAUACUUGAAUCAGGCUAUUCACAUCAUGGAGAAUUCUCUACAGAAAUACGGAACUUAUGAAAACUUCGAGGAGAAAACUGGUGGUAAAGUACUGCAGCGGUCCAGUAUUAUGGCACUGAUCCAGAAAUAUCUGAAACGUGACGAGUUAGAGAGGGAAAUCCAGGUGAAUCUUUCUGAGGAUCUUUUAUCUCGUGGCUCUAUGACACGGACAAAAGGAAAACCUACUCUAAACGUGAGGGUUGUUGAUUUAAGAGAAUACUGGGUAGAAGGAUUGUUACGACAUGAAAUUGGAACACAUUAUCUGAGGAGUUACAAUAAUAAAAUGCAGGAAUGGUGGAACUGGAAGGUGAGAAAGGAGCUAGGUAUGAAACCAGCAAACCCAACAGAGGAGGGUCUUGCCUCGCUUCACAGUGUGUUGCUAAGGAAAGACCCAAAUUUAUGGAGGAUUGCUCUCCUUUAUUAUGUGUCAUACAAAUCAGCAUUUCUAUCAUUAAAAGAGUUAUUUAAAGACCUUGGACAGUUUGUGAGUGACCCUUAUGUGAGAUGGGAUUAUUGUAUUCGAGCAAAGCGAGGACAAGGGGAUACCUCAACUCCAGGUGGUUUCUGUAAGGAUCAGGUGUAUUUAGAAGGUGCUCUACAAAUUCUUAAAAAUCGUAAAAACAUUGACUUCCAUCUGCUGGUUCAGCUGGGAAAGAUAUCAUGGGAGGACAUUGAUAAAGUGGCGUUGCUAGGCAACUUAGAUGACACAAAGAUUCCAUUCUUCAUGCAGGACCUUGAGGCUUAUCAUAAAUAUUUGGACAGAAUUUGUGAGGCAAAUGAUUUGACUGAUGAUAUCUUAGAAGAUGUAUGACGAAAAUAGAGGAAGGCUAUAUCUCAAGCAUAUCUACAUAAAUUUUGAGAAGGAUCAUUCUCAGCUUGUAAUGAACGCUUGAUUGACGACCAAAUAGUUUUCCUUUUAUUAAGUAAAAUGACCAGUAAAAAGAAACAAAAAACAUUUUGCAUUAAUAUUGUUCUGUGGAGAUAUCAGUGGAUUAAUAUGAUUCUUCUUAAUAUGGCCGUUUUGAAAACUCAAAAAUAUGUACAACAUCCAGAUGUGACUGAAAUUACAAAAUACCAUGUACUUUUAUCAAAGUUCUAUAAGUACUCUGAUGAUAUAUAUAUAACGACUGAAUUAAAGAUAUUGGUGUUCGGAUUCAAUUUCUUAGUUAGACCAUUUUAUUUCAUUUUAGAUAGUUUUCACAACAAAAUUCGACAAAAAUUGUUUUUUAUUUAUCAGAUUUUCAAACAAAAUGGCGCCCUCAAUGUGAAAAUACACAGGGAGAUAAUAAUAAUGGCGAGUGCAUUGUUGUAGAAUAAUGCGCGCUACAGGCCUUCUUCGUUUAUAUAGAAAAAUUUCAGAGUGUUAGAAUCAAAAUUUUCUAUUACAGUCAGAGACUUAGUGUGCACUACUUACAGCGUUGUAUCUUACUUCAAGUUUGCUGCAUGGAUAAAACAGCUUUUCUGUAUUAACAAUGUGACAAUCUGUUCCAUUCUGUGACUUUUUUGUUAUGUAACAAUAACAGAUUCAUAUGCUAAGUUGGCUACAUUUCUCUUGAAAGUUUGGCCCCUUUAUUUUUAUCGGCCAAGUAAGCAAAGCCAUAGAUGCAACAAGCAUGUUGAACAUCUACCUAGUUAUGGCACUACAUGUUAUUAGUUCAUGAUCUCAGUGCCUACAUACAGCAUACUACAUUAAUAUAGGUUGUCCAGUUAGCUGGUGACAUUUUUGCAUCCCCUUGAUAAGUUUCAGUUGCAGAAUGUCAUGUUUUGAAGACAUUACCUAUAAUCAUGUAUCAAACUUAUACCUUUAGGUUGCACCUUUAGAUUAGGGUCACCUAUAGACAACAUUAAUACAUUUACCUGUGUCUAUUUUCAAUCAUAUUGUCAAUCAUGAAUUUUCCCUGGUGCAAAAAUCCAGCGCGGCGCUGCUCUCUGAUGCUAUAAAUCUUAGAUUUCAUUAUUCUUGCAUAUCAGACAGGAUUAUCUACUGUUUACACAAGUGCUAGAAAACCUCUCCCCCCUUCCAUACAAGAAAAGCCCUGUGUCAUUUCCACAAGCCUUUUAUGAAUGAAAUGCGUUCUUAGUAUGACAUUGUGCCGUUAUGAAUGAAGUUGUAAAUUCAAAAUUAUGCUACCAUAGGAAAAAAGUGCUAAAUGAAAAUAUAAGUUUUCCUAAUUUCUUUUUUGAAAUGUCAUUAGUUUGUAAUAUGCAAGAAAAAGAAUCAAACACUGGCUCGUCACAGACUGGAAUAUCUAGCUCUUAGGUAAUUGUUUAGCGGAAACUUGGCAGAGCCUUGUUAUCGCCUUAAACAGUUCCCUGGAGCUAGAUAUUCUGGUCUGUACCAGCAGCCUGUGUAAGAUCCUUUUAUUCUGUCAUUGCAACAAUAAAUGAUUCGACUUUAUAAACAAAAUAUCAUGUAUAUGUAAUUUCAUGUUUCAAUUCUGGAGAUAUACACAUUCCAAUCAGAGUACUUCGUAGGGCAUUUUGUUUAGUGUAUAUGAUAUUUAUAUUAUAAACAAUGCCAAUGUAUUAAAGAACAAUUUAUACCUUUAUAUGGCGUACUGACAAUCCAAUUUUUCAAUUAUUUAUCUAGCUAGCUUGUAUCUCAUUUUCUCAAAUGUAUCGGAAACUAGAGCUAAUUUCAUGAAAGUAUUCAAAAUCUAAAUGUUACUGCUUUCUUUAUAAUUUGUGCCUGCAUUAUAGACUUUCAGUAUGCUGAAGGUUACGUAGAUGUAAAAUAAUAUUAUUGUAAUUUUGCUGAAGUAGCAUUAUGAUAAUAAAUCUUCCAGAUUUCUGCUCACAUCUCA